GGACUAUCAGACUUGUGUCGCCAGGGUAGACACGAACCUCCUAGCAUGGCGACGCCGGAGAAUCCUGAAAUGGACGCUCAUGAAACUGAAAAGGAAAUGGUUAUGACCUCCAGGAGUACUAAUGAAACAGACGCAGACCUCGAGGCCAAGAUUCCGUCAGAAAAGGAAUUGCCAGAAAACAGAGCGUCGAGAAGCUUUGGGCGAACUUUCUUCGUGUGCACUGCAUCCACAAGAGAUGGGGAGGAGAAGCAAGACCACAGACGUAUCGGAGGUGGUGCGAGCAGGAAGUAUUUUUCAAUAGCGG